GUAAAAUUAUACAGGUAACGACGUUAUUCGUUUAUCGGAACAAAUAUGAAACUAGAUAGAGAUAUUCAACGAGAAUCGAAUCUUGUUAUAUGGGAAACAAAAAUAGGACUUUGAGGUUUUUACGAACGGGGAAAGGUUUGAAUAGGCUAGGGAUUUUCCCUUCAUAACAACUUAGUGACAUGAUCGCGAAAGACCUUGCCCAGUCUCGAUACUCGGUUACAAACAAGAGUGUAGGCAAAACGACAUGACUGCAUGACUCAGAGGGUCGGCUCGCUGACAGACGUUGGAGAAUGACGUCAGGCAUCUCCCUACCCUAGCCUGGAAGAAGUCAUCGUUGGAAUGGAUGAUCGAGUGGGUAUGGAAGAGAAGGGGGCCACAAAUGGCGAAGGGGACAGGGGAGUGUUGUUACUCAUGGGUUCAAUCAGCAAGCAUGCGGGCCCCUUGUGAAAUACUCCUCUUCAUUUUAUCUUUCCCUCCGUCUUUGUUUUCCUUUUCCUUCGUUUCAUAUCCGUUCAAAGGUACAUAUAUAGUAACACAUUAAAUUUAUCAAAGCGAAAUUAUUUUCAAUUUUGAGGUUGAUUAGUGAUUUUCCUAUUACUAAUUUUCCUAUUACCUCUAAUACUAAGUCUUACGCGUGAUAUUACUACUGUAUUAUAAAAACUAGAUAUUUUCCAUUACUUUCUUUUAUAUGAAAAUAAAAUAUGUAUAUACAUAGAGCUUACACAUAUAUAAAUAAAUAUCUCUUGUGUGCGAUCCACAGUGAUACCAACUAUGAGAAACUUGAUCGACCCAUGCGACGAAACCCCAAACAAAAUGAUAAAGCACGUAGCAUCGAUGAUUUAUAUCCGCGCGCAUCCGAUUUAACGACUGUACGGGUGAAAGUAAGUAUUUACUUACUUAAUCGUCUCUCCCUCCCUCAACUUUUGCUUACUGAAGCAAGACUACCAAAGGGGCAAAGAGAGCGACGCGAAAAACUCGAGAGAUAAAAAUCACGUGGUUGUGGUUGAGAAUCGCUGACAGUGCAGUUAGUUGAACGUAUUGCCGUGGGAUGUCACUAGCGACACGUUCGUCAUUUUGUCGGAUCCACGUGGUCUGCACAUGACGUUUGAUUUGAGAAAAAAAAAAGCAAAAACAGAAAUGGAGGGAAUGGAAGUCACGAAGAGCUGACCUAUGGGUAGGGGAUGCUCGGUGGCGUGAACGUCAUUUAACAGAUAAUCGAUGCGUUAUGUUGUUCGGCCAAUACGACGAGCCGCGUGUGCAACUGGCAAGAACAACGGUGACAAAAGGAGGGAAAAAAAGUUCCGAGGAAACGAGCAAUGCCAUCAGAGACGAUACCGCGACGGCGGCAGCAACAGCAGCCAACGACUCAAUCUCGACUCGACAGUGUACAUCCGCCGCGGCGGCCUACUUGGAAUACGACUCGCUCGCGAAGGUUCUCCUUCCAACAGGGUCGACCAGUCCCGGAGCUCUCCGAGAGACGAUUCACGGAAUCGCGGGGAAAACAAUGACGGAUCGUAUCCGCAAGCUUGAUUUCGCCUUCCAUCACGGUGAAAACGUGAUUUUUCUCAGGAAAGUAAUUCUCGCUUUGUCGAUCAAUGCUUUUUCCAAUAUCCUUAUUUGUCACGCUACAACCAUAUGUGUUCUACGAUAUAAUAUUCGGAAUACUUGCGCUAUCUUAUACUUUUUUUUUGAAACACAGUAAUUCAUUUCAUUGAUAUAGAAGAGCGCAGAAAAAAAGAAAGAUGACGAAUUUCCAAUCCGAAUGUUCUAUUUGCGAAAUUCUACUUUAUCAGCCGUGUUAUUCAGGUCGCCAGUAGAUUUUGUAUCUCCUUAAGUUACAUUAGGCCGUAUUAAUUGAAACGUUUGAGAUGAAGAUUUCAGUGAACGCGCUCAAGAAUUCGACCAACGUCCUUACAAACAAUGUUUGCGAAACAUGGUCCGGGCACUUGUUGAAUCAAGACGGCCACCGGGUGGUUGCUGCGGGGAGUUACCGCGUAACGGAUUAACUGUGUGUGGUAGAAAUGCACGGCUCUUAACUGCCCAUAAAUCAAAGUCAAGAAGCAUCCUCAUCCCACUCUCUUUUCCUCUCACGAAAUAUUUAAGGGUUGCGGUUCGCGCGGCUCACUUUCGCAACUGAAGAAUCUUUCGAGCCUCAUCUGAGUUAGAGAAUCGUGCCACUGAUUUUCCGAGGGAAUGUAGGUCAAUGGAAUAAACGUGAGAGAAGUACCAGAACUAGAAAAGAUUCAUGACGACUGUGCUCGCAAUAAGAUAAUGUUCACUGCGUGAAGCCUAUCUAGACUGGCUAAAGCAUACGCAUGAGAAGAUUAAUAAAGUCAGCUUUUGCGUCACUCUUUGUAAAAUCAAGCGAAAUUCCACUUGACAUGUAAAAAAGAUUGGAAAAAUGAAAAUAUGAAUAAUGGAUAACGUAAACAAAGAUUGACAAAUACGUUUACUUUGAAUGAGUUCUACUCCAUUUGAUUUCCUACGACCAGCCCGAGCAAGCACAGAACCAGAGAAGAAUCAAAAGUAGAGGAGGUUUGUUGUGGAUCCGGCUAUGCCUGACGAUGAGGAAAUAAUCAACCAUGGAAGAAUUUAAAUUCGGACUGAAGAAACAAAUGUUACAAAAUCUUUACUUUUACCGUUAAAUAAUAAUAAUUAUAGAAAAAGACGACCUGAUCGCUGCGUCAUAUAUAUCGAUUGAUGUAACAGAAAUAUAAAACGAAAUGAUCACGCAGAACAAAAAUGGCGUAUCGUUACUUUCACUUUGAAUUGCUAAUUAUUGUUGCGAUAUAUUUUUACAAUUAUCAUAAUUGUAGAGAAAUGCCAUUGAAAAAUUGUCACGUCGUGUUAUCGACGGAUAUAUAAAGAGAGUGUAAAAAGGAACAAUUAUACAGAAACGAGAGCGUUAUGAAGGCUGGAAAAAAAUGUUAUAAAACGCGAUGAAUAUAUUUUUACGCUAUCGUUACGAUUCGUCAGAGGAUUCGAAAACGAUGACGCGUUUGAAUAAGACGAUCGAAAAUCGAUACCAGAGAACAGAAGACUGAAAUUGUAUAUAGUGGUUCGCGUGCCGGCCAACGAAAAACCGAAAGCCAGCGUAUAUCGCGACUAGACUGGAGCGAAACAGGCCACGGCAGGGGGUCAGUUUACGACCUUUAAAUGAGAGAAAGAAAUACGAGAAGCAGCGAUCUAGAAUCUACACGACGUUUAUCGUAGAUGGCCGAAAAGUACGAUGAAUAAGCGUUAUCCUUCGCGAACAUGAUCGUACGUACCAUUUGUGCUUGGGGCCACGUGCCCGAUUCAUUGAUAAUGGAGAGGGUCGCACAAAGGGGGACAAAGGGUGAAAACUACCUUUGAUGCAUGUCUGCACCGAUAGAUGACGAUCUACUCGCUCAUCUGUCCAUCACCCUCUAAAUGCAAAUUUUCCUACAAUUACCAUUGAGCGUUGUACUUGAAGUAGCGCUAUACUGUGUACAUUCAAUGCUAGAGUACGUUCAUAUAAUAAUCGUGGUAAAGUACGAUGCAUAAAUUUUAAGCAACUUGCAUAGAAAAAUCUCAAACAAGAUACGUAUAUGCGCAGUUCUCUGUUCGAAUGAACGGAUCUAUAUGUGAAAUUUAUAGAAAAAUAGCAAUUUGAACGAAGCAUAAGACGUACAGGUAUUUGCGCACGAAUAUAUCUUCUGAUUAAAAAAUGCUUUGGCACAGACUCAAAGGGAUGUUAAUAGCUUCUAAUUUUCAUACGAGAAUUAUCGUUACAGCGUGCUUGGAACGUGGUUAAAUUUCCCCCACUUCUCAACUGGAACAACGAUUCGAGCGCUUCAUCAACGUCUACAAAUUUUUUCAAAAAAGAAAAAAAAGGAGGCAGAAAAGAUCGGCAUCGUAGCUACACGAAAAACGUCGCUCCCGAAGAAUAGUCCCGCGAUUGUUGACCCAGUUUCACGGCGCGCCGUGUAACAUUUGCAACCGCGAAAAUACGAGUGGUGGUGCGCGCCUAUGGGUGUUUGUACGCCGCACGCACAAACACGCGAUGCAUUUAUAGCGCGCGCCGACGUGCACACGUACACGGACGAGUCCUGCGAGUCUUGUAGCCCGCGUAUCCUUUGUACGAUAUAAACGUAUAUACGCUGCAUGUACAACUUUCACGAUAAAUACACUAGCCUAUAUACCGUGGUCGUGACAGCGAGAGGAGAACGUACGCGCGCGCUGGUCCUACAUUAGGGGAUGAAUAAAGGAAGGUCUCCGAAAAGGGAGGGUUGCCGCUUUCCCUGCUUGCAAGCGGUUCUCACUACCCCUCGCUAAUACCGCGUCGUAUAACAGAAAAACACCAUAGGCUAUUCACCAUAUCUUCCCUCCCUCUUAAUUACGAUGUCGUACCUACCAAUUCGAAAUUGAAACGAUCGAAGCGUUUUAUCAUUCUCAUUGGCCCCUAUCUUCCUUCUCCUUCGUUCGAUUCAACGUAUCGUUCGCUCGUUGCGGACUAACUUUGUACCGCCUGUACUCCACGACUUGGGCAACUUCACCUACCAAGGUAAAG